AUGGACCAACUCCUUAGGCCAGAUCAAGAAGAAUUGAUAGUCGGGGUGGCGAAACGAAAGGGUAUCGUCAAACCAGAGAUCCAAACGGAAUCCGGCUCCAACAAAGGUGACAACUACCUCAGCGCGAUCGUCAGCGUAACAGUACGGGACGAAUUAGGCGACAGUAAGCUGAACAUUAUAGCGAAAAAGGUCCUGAAAGGGGUGCAAUCCAGAAAGUCGCUAAAGCAGAUCUUUUCGACUGAGGCGCUGGUGUACCAAGAGCUACUGCUGGGUUAUCGCGAGCUCCAAGAAGUGAAUAACGUAAAGGAUCCCUUCCGAGGUUCGGCAGAAUUCUACGGCGCCAUCUUGGACGAGGAGAAGGAAACGAUCAUAAUGCAAUACCUGAAAGAAAACGGGUUCAAGCUUUGGCCGAGGAAGGUGCCGAUGGACGCGUUCCACGUGGAAAUAGUUAUUCGGGAAUACGCGAAACUCCCCGCGGCGUCGAUGGCCUUUAAGAAUGUUUAUCCUGAAAGAUUGGUACUUGAUAUAGCGUACUUCCUCAUCAUAAAUUCCUCCAAGGAGGUGCUGAGUGAUUACCAGAAGUACCUAGGUCUCUAUCACGACGUUCUAUCGCAGAAUCUAAGAGAAUUGGGUCUCGACCCUGAAAAAACGUUUAGUUCCGAGACGCUUAUGGACCACUGGAAAAAAUACUCCAAGUUCGGAGUUCUGAUGAGCGUACUGUUUCUAAGAGUGAACAGUGAAGAUAUCCCCGACAAAGUUGGUAUGGAGAAGUUUAAGUUAAGCGACGAAGCCGAAGUGAGGUACAAAGAGAGGAUAACCAAUGCGAUAGAGUUCAUGGCUCUCAAUGAUCUUGCCUAA